GGAAUCUGUUCCGCGGGUUAUCCAAUAAGAAUCUACUUUUUUCGCGGAAUAUUUUAACAUGUUAGGAAAUACCUUCGCGAUAUUUGUUUCUAUUCUGGUAAAAUCUGUUUGACAAAGAUGGAGUCAUUUAAUCAAGUUAAUGGAUAUCAUCCUGAUAGUCAUUCCAUUCAAUAUCAGAUAAGAGAACAAAGUAAUGCAAAGGAGGAUGUUGGUGGAAAUCAAGGAAAUUGUAGCACAGAAAAUGAAAAUAAUGUUAUUGGAACAAUGCAGGAAAUUCAGAUUUGUAGCAUAAAUAAAAAAAGUAAUGUUGAUCAAAAUUGCAUUUCUAGAAAUGUGCAAGUGGCACAUAGGUUUAAUUGGAACAGCUGCAUUUCUAGAAAUAUAGAAAUGACAGAUUGGUUUAGUCAGAAGUCUGAGUCUUCCAAUUUAUUACUAUACACUUGGCCAAAACCACAUCCUCCAUCUGCCAUUAAUAAACCUUCUAACUGUUCUUCAGAUUGUACCAAACUGAGGCAAAAGCUUUUAGAUAUAAGAAAUAAAGAAUAUGCUUUAUCAGAUAAGUACUUGAAUCUUGAAAUAUUGUAUGGAAAAAAGUGUGAGGAACUCGUACAACAAAAACAAGAAGAAUUUAAACAGAGAGGACUUGCUGAGGCUAAAAUUCAAGCUCUGAUGUCAGCAAAGGAAUUUCUAGAAGUUGAGAGACGUAAAUUGAGUUCUCGUCUGCAAGUUGCUGAUAGAUUAGUAACAAACAUAAGACGUGAAAACAAUAUUCUUCGAGAAAGACUGAAAACUAUUGCACCACAAAAGUCUAGAAAUGAAGAAAAUCAGUUUACUCAAGUACAACAAUUUCAGAGUAAUCAAACUGAUCUUAAAGCACACAGCAAGCAAAUGAACUAAAAGAGUUUUGUUCUUAUUUAUUAAAGCAACGUGAUCAUUUAGUACAAGAUUUUGAAUUUCAACAUGAGAAAAAAGUUAAUCAUUUGAAGAAAGAAAUGGACGAGCUGCAGAGAUUAUUAAAU